GUUCCAGUGCGAGUCCGGUUCCCCUGCGGGAGCGUCGAACUCGCGGCGGUUGUUGUUCCAGGCUGCGGAUGCGGCACCCUCGCUUCGUCCGACACCCCGGAUCCCGUUAGGGAGGACCACGAAACCUGCGGAGUGUGAUUAACGGGCGGUCGUGAUGUUUUCGUGACAUGUUACCACGUGACUUUCGUUCCUUACCUCGCUACUCAUGCCGCAGUGACGAACGCGACCGCGACCAUCGGGCCCUUCUUCGAGACCUUCGAAUACCGCCCUCCAACGCCCCGAACCCGGCCGCCUUCCACGCGGCACUCGCACCUCAUCACCGUCGGCACCACAUCCUCGCCUACUGCCUCCUCCAGCACCCUUUCCUCAAGCCGGGACUCGGAGUACCGUGCGUCUCGUGGUGGGACCAGGACUCCGUUCCCCGGGUCCACUCGCCCCCGCAUUAUCACCACUUCUGCCACGGACAUCAUCAACUCCUUCAUCAACGAUCCUUUCACGGUCAUAAUAACCUCGCGCUUUUCGCCCAAGGAUAUUUCAGGUCCGUUCUACUAUCGGGCUCAUCCGUUAUCGCCGGACACGGGAUGCCGCCUAUCCGUGGUAUGGAUACUAGGUAUAAAGCGAGUCGUUGCGUUAGCGGGGGCGGAAGCCGCGGCAGCGGAGCAACUGGGGCAACUGGAGGAACCGGGGGAGGCGGGGGUCUUGGAAGCGGGGGGGCGGUAGGAGGCCGCGGCGGGGGCGGA